GACGCCGGGCUCGGAGUGUACCCGCGGGCGGCUGCGGCUGCGGCUGCGCGACCCCCUUGACGGCUGCCGCGCCUGCGCGACUUGGGACGGCCGCGCCAUGGCGGACGAAGAGCUCGAGGCGCUGAGGAAGCAGAGGCUGGCCGAGCUGCAGGCCAAGCACGGGGAUCCUGGUGAUGCAUCCCAACAGGAAGCAAAGCAAAGGGAAGCAGAAAUGAGAAACAGUAUCUUAGCACAAGUUCUGGAUCAGUCAGCCCGGGCCAGGUUAAGUAACUUAGCACUUGUAAAGCCUGAAAAAACUAAAGCAGUAGAGAACUACCUUAUACAGAUGGCACGAUAUGGACAGCUAAGUGGGAAGGUGUCAGAACAAGGCUUAAUAGAAAUACUUGAGAAAGUCAGCCAGCAGACAGAAAAGAAGACAACGGUUAAAUUCAACAGAAGAAAAGUGAUGGACUCUGAUGAAGAUGAUUACUAACAGGAAGUGCUUAGACUUCUGGAGCAGUGUCUAGGCCAGUUACAGCCUUUUGAAUGUUUACUUUAUUGUCUAGAUGCCUUUUGAAAAAAUAAACUUGUACUCAAACUAUA